AUGGCAGACACAGUCUUUGACGUCCUUAUCAUUGGAGGAGGACAUGCCGGGCUCUCCGCAGGAUUGACGCUGUACAGACACAUGUACACAGUCCUUAUCAUCGACUCCCGAAAACCAAGGAACGCCUGGCCCAUGCCAACACAUAUUGUCUCUGGUUGGGAGGCCUGCCAGGCCGAGGAGUUCCGCAGCGCCGGCCGAGGCGAGCUAGAAGCUACAGGCUUCGUGAGCUUCGCUGAGAGCGAGGCUAGGUCAGUCCAGAGAGUCAACGAGGACUUCGAGAUUACGGGCAACCACGGAGAGAGCUGGCGGGGCCGUAAACUACUAAUUGCCACGGGCAAGCUCAAUGUCUUCCCAGACAUACCUGGUUAUGCUGAUAACUACCCGGAGAAGAUUUUCCAUUGCAUGUUUACGUUUGGAUAUGAGCAUCGAGGUUCCAGGCAUGCGGGUCUGCUGGCGGAGGGUGCAUUGAGCAGUCCGUUCCACGCAGCCAUGGUAGUCGGUGACACCAAGAGGUUCGCAGAGGAAGUCACCGUCUACACCAAUGGAGACAGCGUGUUGAAAGAAGCGUUGGCGAAGGAACUUCGACAUCCUGGGGUGAAACUCGAUGACCGACGUUUACUCUGCAUCGAGAGCACCGAGCGCAGCCUCCGAUUGGACCUGGAAGGAGGUUCCUCGGACGAGGUCGCCUUCCUGGUGCACCAGCCUGCAACAAUGGUUGAUUUGCACCUGGUCGAGCAGAUUGGCUUGAAGUUGGACGCCAGAGGCGACAUCCAGAAUUCCCCGCCCUUCUUUCAAACAGACAUCGCGGGAGUCUUUGUGGCCGGGGACUGCGGGACGCCUUUCAAGAUCAUUCCAAUGGCACUUUUCAUGGGUGCAAACGCCGGCGCCGGGAUUGCGAGGUCGCUCGCUGCCGAUGCUCUCCGUAGGGAUAUCACGGCCCAGGGUGCGUCUUGCGAGCUCUUCGUUGGCUAUCUGAGCGCCGAGAAAGAGCGGGAUGCUGUAUUCCUCGACAUCGACCAUGCCUGCUUCCUGCAACCAGGAUUUUACCUCAUAAGCGUACCUAGUAUUGCCCCCCAUGGCUUCAAAGACCCAGGUGACGAGCUUCAAGAAGUCUCGCAUAGCCGGGCCGUCACCCAGGCCGCAGACUUGGUCUGGUUCAAUCAGCUGAAUCCAACCCCCGGGUUUAACCAGUUCUGCAAGGUUCUUCACGGCGGCUGCGAAAGGAAAAUCUCCGCAAGCGCCAAGGACAAGUCGCUGGUGGACAAGAUCGAAGCUUCCUUUCCAUUCUACCGGCCACUGCGCAGUGAUAGAUUGAGUCUUGAAGGAUAUCGGACUUUCUCCAUCCUGUGUUGGAAAUCUGACGUCGGUCACAUCCGUUCCAACCAACAAGCCGUUCCUGAGCUGUGGGUGCUGUCCAAGUAG